ACUGUCGAGCGGCCGGCUCCUGAGCAGCUCUCUCUCUGUCUGUCUGUCUGUCUGUACCUGUGAAUGCUUGGCUGGAGGUGGGGAGGAUACUGUCCGAACUGAGACCACAGAUUAAAUGGAGGACCCAUUGUCUCAACCUUCGCUCCAUAAUGCCUCCUGUUCCCUGUGUCCCUCAGCGGCAACGCUCUACUUCCUCCCCUCCAUCUACGCACUCCUCUUCCUCACCGCUCUGCCGGGGAACCUGCUGUCUUUGUGGGUGUUCCUGCGCUGCAUCCCUUCCAUCUCCCCCAUACACAUUUACCUCACCCACCUGAGCAUCUCUAACCUGCUGAUGGCCAUCAUGGUGCCCUUCCUGGCGGUGUACUUCGCCAAGGGCACGCACUGGUCCAUAAGGGACAUCCCAUGUCAGAUAGUCCUGCAUGGCAUCACCCCUGUGCUCCACAUCAACAUCUACAUCAGCCUCCUGAUCCUCGCCUGGGUCGCUCUCAGCCGGUUUGCCGUGCUCAUUCGGAACACCCACACCUCCCGGCCGAGCGCCUGCAUCUCACUGCUGCCCAACAGCUUCUUCUCGAGUCUCACGCGGGUCUCCUUCGCAAACGGGGUGUGCGCCAUUCUAUGGGUGGUGGCAGUGGGGGCCAUCGUUCCGGUGACUGUUUACUACUCCAUAAACGAAGUUACAAGACGUGAGGAGGUGUGCUACAGCCCGGUGGUGGAAAUAGGAGGCAGCGUUUCUUCAACCACCAGCGUUUCCCUUGUAAUUCUGUUCUUCGUCCUCUACCUGCUGGUGCUGGUCUCGUACAUCACCGUCCUGAAGCACAUCAAACGCUCGCGCCGCAACGCAAACAUCACCCGCUCACAGAGCCUGCUGGCGCGGGUUUCCAGGAACAUCGUGGUCAUCCAGGUCGUCCUGUCUUUGUGUCUGCUGCCAUAUCACAUCUUCAAACCCAUCUUCAUCAUUCUGGCUCAUUAUCAGUCUUCUUCGCUGGACUCCUCCUGUUCUGCCACCACCUGUAAUCCCCUGAACGUCUUCAUCGAGGUAAAGAACUGCCUGUUUCUGCUCGCCGUUCUGAGAUCAUCCAUUGACCCCGUGAUGUACUUCCUGUUGGACAGGACCUUUCGCCAGCAGGCCCUGAGCCUUCUAAGGAAUAACAAGCUGGACUUUAACAAAGGCCAAACGGUUUGGACGACUACAGGGAGUGCAAAUCAGAAGACAGAAAAAGUCGGGGAAGGAAAUGUGAUCUUAUCGAGUGUGGUGUUAGCUUGCGAAAGAAGUUAACAGAUCAAGUGCGACAAGUAAGAUGUGUCUGGACUACUUCUUAUGCAUUUAAAAACCAGUACAACAUGAAGAAGAGCCAACAUGUCAAGCUGAAAGUGUUUUAGACAUAAUGUUUCCCCCCAAAAUGCCUCAUUAUGUCACAACAACACAGCAGAGAUGCAACAGGUCCAACAUGGGACAGAAUGCAUGUGUGCUGGGCCUUCAGCCAUGAAGAAGAUCAAAGAGACUGACAGAAGAACUAUGAAUCCCACAAUGCAUUGCAUUAACCUACUUUCCAUUUAGCAGGAAGAGGAGGAGCUUCACUGAGUGAAUAUGUGACAUCAUGUUAACAGGCCAGUCCAUGAAAGAAGUUGUCUUCUGUUUUAUUCCAUCAAAGGAAUAAAACCUUGGCAACUGAGCAUCAGCCGCCAUUGUUUUCCCUUAGCUGGAGAGCAGCAACAGGAACUGAAAGAAGAGGCUAACCGUGGCGCCACAAACAUCCACUGGAUCCCUUCUCUUGCCCGUAAUGUUCACCAUAAAUAUCCUUGGUUCUUAAAAACUGUUUGAAUAAGGUUUUUGUCUGGACAGAGGUCAAUUAGUCAGGAAUAAGCAACUUAAGUUUUGCCUCAUUGUGUAUUUCAUUGUGUUUUUGCAUUGUCGAUGCUUAAGACUGUUCCAAACCGGAUGGAUGGCUCCGGUUUGCUAACAUACUGAGAGUCCAGGAAGAUGAGCUUGUCUGCUUUUUUUUACUGGUAUUUCUUCUUUCCUUUCUUUUCACUAGCCUAUAUGAAAUAGCCGUAGAGCAAGCUAAAUGUCAGUCUUCUGAAACGCUAAAUGCUAGCUAAACUAAGGUAACAGUUAAUGGAAAGCAGUAACCAAAACUAUCAGUGAUUCAAACUUGAUUCCACUGCGUGGUUUCAUCACUGAUAGUCCAGUAACAUGAGCUUGUCUACAUUACUGAUAUUUUUAAAUCUUUUUCCUUUUGCUAGCUUAUCUGAAAUAGCUCUACAACGAGCUAAAUGUCUGUUUGUGCCUCGGCAAGCAGCAAGUGUUCAAAAACAAUUAUCGCUAUAAAUGGUGCUUAGACUUGAAAGAGAUAGCUAAAAAAAAAAAAGCAACGCCUAAACUAGUUUCUAGUUGUCUGUUUAGUCAGCCAUCUUGUGAGAGGCAACAGGACUUGGUGAGAGCUUGGUAUUUACUUUUUAGUAGUUUAUUUGUUUUCAUUAUUUUUUUAUAUUGUUACUAUAGCUUCAAGAGUUCUUUUUAUUAAAGUAUUUUAACUGUAUUCUUGUGAAAGAAUUGCAUUCUUUUUGUUAAUAAACUCAUAUACAGGAGCGGUCUAUCAUAAUUUCUGUUUGAAGAAAGCUGGGCUUAUACCUUCAUUAAUCUUUAUUU